GAGGGGGGUGUUCGGUGAAAUUUGAAUGAAUGUGGGUGGGCUGGGAACACAGACCGGCACUGAUGGACAGUUUAUUUCCCAUUUCAGUGUCAACAUAACGCAACAAACCUCCAACAGCUCUGGACAGUUUUCUGGGGCCCCAUGAGUGUGAGGAGUCAGUCGGUGAAGCAGAGGCUCCCCUCAUGGCUCUGUUCCCCGGCCGCCUGCCGCCGCUCGCUGUCUCCUCCUCGGCUCUGAGCCUCUCCGGAACCCCGCUGAUCUACCUGUACGGAGGGGACAGCACAUUGAGCCUAGUUCCGGGGUCCCAGGAGCCCCCCCAGAAGCCUCCUUACAGCUACAUCGCGCUCAUCGCCAUGGCCAUCAGGAGCGCGCCCGGGCAGCGCGCCACGCUCAGCGGCAUCUACCAGUUCAUCAUGGAUCGGUUCCCUUUCUACCAGGACAACAAGCAGGGCUGGCAGAACUCCAUCCGGCACAACCUGUCGCUGAACGACUGCUUCAUCAAGCUGCCCAGAGAGAAGGGCCGACCGGGAAAGGGCAGCUACUGGACCCUGGACUCCAGCUGUUUGGAUAUGUUUGAAAACGGAAACUACCGCCGCAGGAAGAGGAGGGCCAAGAGCCAGCAGGACGCGCCAGACUCCAAAGAUCCUGGAUCGAGACGCGCAAAAGUCGCCGUGUCGUCCAGGGAAACGCUGAACUCUGAUUGGGGGACAGCACCGGCGCCAAAUAAAGAGCCGAACACAGAACCGGUUCUUUUAAAGUUCGCCCAGCAGAAUCCAGUUGCACAGAGACAAAAAGCGCAUAUUUCCACGGAACCCCACGCUGAUCCAGGAUCGGCUCAGCGCGCCAACCUGCUCGCUGCAGCACAGCAAACACCGAGAGCGAACGAGCAGAGAACGGACAGGUCCAAAGGGUUCACCAUCGAGAGCAUCUUAUCCAAAAAUCAAGACGAAGCGCGCGGCCGCGUCCUGGACGUUUCAGCGGAGAGUCUCUGCGCCCCCCCGCUCAUCAGUGCGCAUCCCCAUCACCUGGUCCAGGUGGGACUCCCCUUCUGCUCCUACCUGUCUCUCACCUGCUCGGACUCAGCGCUGCGCUUCCACUGAAGCGGAGCGGGCAAAAACAUUCAAGGAUUUUUGCGCACAGAUGCGUAAAAGUUUGCUAACCAAAGUUGUAUUUACCCAGAAACCACAAGAUCUGCGCCAUUUUCAUUACGUUCAUCACCAUCAUCGGCAUUAAAACAAUACAGCAGAACAACAGGGAGAAAGGCAGGCGUAAUUACUGAAUGUUUUUGUUCAUGUGUGACUUCUUGUUUUUUAUUGUUGCAGACAAGCACGUUUAAAUGCAUUUUUGUUGUUGUAAUUUAACACGACAGGGCCUGGAGAUGCCAAACAAUGUGAGGAUUAACUUUACUGAACGCUGUAACCAAAACAUAUGAACUGGUCAGCUCUGCGUUGGAAUGUUGCAAAAAUAAAGUUCAGGUAGAGAUCAAA